AUGCAGGACGACACGGAGCCGCCAUCACGGGACUCCGGCCUAGCCCUCAAUACGAACACUCAGUCAGAAGCUAUGGAAGCCGUCACCCCAGAGCCGCUCGAGACCAACGUCUCACCCCUUGAAGCUCUCAACUACCGACAAAAGUCCGACAAGCCGCCGCCCCAGGAGCAGCUCGAGCCGCUCGAGCCGGCCGAGGCACAAAGUGAUCGAUGGGCCUGCUGCAGCCUGGCACCCCUCAUGCAUGCGCACAAAAAUCCCAACGCCCUAGCCAGCUACGUUGGUCGCUGGAAACUGCCGGUCGGUGAAGCUUGGUCCACCUCACCCGAAGCCGUUUGUGCGGCUUGCUGCUGCCCAUCGUUGGCGCUGAUGCGAGCCCGUAACCUCUAUGACUUUUGGUUCAAUCCUCGGCGCGACCUCUUUGGCUGUUUUGCCUCCCAACUCGAAUACGAGCUAUCGAACCGCCCCCCUAUUCUAGUGACAGAUGAGGAGCUGGAAGAAGCACUGCGCGUGCCCAAAGGAGAGGAGCGCCUUCGCACGGACCUGAUCCGCCGCUUUCACAAUAAGGUGGGCCCGACUCCAGCAGCCAGCUCGGCGCAAGCGGUCACAACUGCGCCGCAAAUGGCCCACGAGGAGGUGAUUCAGCUAUGGAAGCUGGCCCCGUCCGCGCACCAACCGGCCGCCUCGCGGUUACCACCCUUGGCGCGAUCCACCAGCAGUGCGACCCGGGCCGACCGUGCUCCCAUCACAGUUCAGCCAGCUGGCGUGGUAGUGGCACCCUCGCUAGCAGGUGCUGCCCCACUUGCUCCCAUCCAACGCGACGCCAACACUGCAACCCCCACAUCUGCACCACAGCCGGUCACCAGCGCCUGGUCCGCGUCGGAUUCCGCAGAAGUGGACACCGAGGCGACAACAACGACCUUUUCACCUGCACAAAGAAGUGGCAAUGAGUCACCCACGCUGGAUCAGGCAGAUGCGAAACCUGAAGUGAUUCCAACCUCGAGCAGCUAA